AUGCUGGCGGCGUUCCUCGCGGCGCUCGUCUUCUUCCAUUCCUCCGAGUUCCUCCUCGCGCUCUGCCAUGCAGCCUUCCUCUUCUCGCGGGAGUAUCUGCUCGCCAUGUCAGCAGCGCUCACUGAAUACGCCCUCGAGACCGCCCUCUUCCCCUCCUUCAAGCGCCGCCUGUGGCCCGUGGCGUGGGUGGGGGGGGCGCUGCUGGUGGCGGGGGAAGCGGUGCGCAAGGCAGCCAUGGUGACGGCGGGGCGGAGCUUCACACAUGACAUUCAGACGGAGAAGCGGCCAAUGGUGGCGGCGGGAAGGAAUUUCACUCACGGCAUUCAGACGGAGAAGAGGCGUGAGCACCGGCUGUACAGGUGGGCGCUGGCGGGGUGA